CACCGGAAGUAGCAGUGAGCUGCUUGUUGCUAGCGGGGUUUCGCUUCUCGUAGCGUUUUAUUUGAAAUUGAGCUGUUUCAGUUUCUUAACGAUGACUAAACCCCGCAGUUAAAAAAAUGGCCUUGCGCAGCUCGGGAACCUGUUGCGCGGUUCGCGGUUGCACCAACAACCAAACAAAGUUAAAUCUGUGGCUAAAAGAGCAAUGUUUUGAACACGCACCCCAGACUAAGAGAGAGUGUUGCUGCGAGAAUCGGUUCAGUUUCCACCGCCUGCCCAAGGAUGAGGAGCACAGGAGGAUGUGGCUGAAAAACCUCAACCUAAAGAAGCCACCGCAGACGUUGUACGUGUGCUCGUUUCAUUUCGUGGACAAAAAGCCCACAGAGGAAAACCCGCAUCCUACUUUGUGGUUGGGAUAUGUGAAAUCACUGGAGAUGUUUGACAGCAGUGUCACAAGAACAUCAGCAGACGUCUCGCAGCAUCAUGGCCAUAAUGAGGAGGAGGUUCUCGCUGAGCAGCAGCUCUUUAACCAAGACAGAAACUCCAAUUUUGAUCAGAAGGAACCAGAACACCUACAGAUUAAAGAAGAAGAGCAGGAGGAACCGGAGGCUCUGCAGAUUAAAGAGGAAGAGGAUGAAUUCUUCACCAGUCAGGAAGAGGAGCAGCUAAUACUGAAGCAGGAGAUUGAUACCGUCAUGGUGACUUAUGAGGAAAACGACCUGCUCCCCUCUGAUGACUCUCCUGUGGCCGAGCAUCAGGAUCACAAAGAAAAAGAGAAAAACACUUUACAGAGAAAUUUCAAGAUGGCGGCGAUCACAUCAGAAAAAUCAGUCAGCCAGAUCCGACCAAAAUGUCCACAAGACCGUAUUCCUCUGUCAAACGUAGCACUGGAGUCAAAUGCUGGGGUCACCUCGGAGGUAGAGGAGUUGUCGGACGUCGAUGACGCCGCGGAGUACGCGGAUUACCGUCCUCGACGAGAGGAGCCAAGCACCACUGAGGAGGAGAGUAGUGGGAACGAGGACCCCGUUCCACAGCCCACGGAGGCUAGCCGGGGACGCAAACGUCUCCGUUGUGAAACUGAUGGUUAUCUUUCAGACUGUAGCACUUCCAAUUCCCGCACUCCCGGACACUGGACUCAGCAGAUUGAGUCCGAUGACUCGAACGACGAUGACGAGGAGCCAACACCAGGGCCAAGCUUUCAGGGACAACCCAAACACGGACAUGGAUUGUGCUGGAGAGCUGCUGAAUUGAUCCCAAACCUGGCCCAGUUUGAACCUGGGGGCAAAACCGAGCAGGACAGAGAAGGCUGGACCCCUCUGGACUAUGUCAACCAGUACAUUGAUAGAGACCUAAUGGAACAUAUUGUUUACUGCUCCAAUGUUAUGGCAUUCGCUCGGAGUGGGUACCCGCUGAACACGUCGGUGGACGAGAUGUAUCAUUUCUUUGGUGCCUCGAUCUUGAUGUCCUGCGUCCCGUACCCACGGCUCCGGAUGUACUGGUGCAGCGUGUUAAGGUUCCCGGCCAUCACAGAAAGAUUCACGCGCGGCAGAUUUUUCAAACUGAGGCAGUCGAUAAAGGUGGUCGUUGACGACGAGAUUCCAGAAGUCCUGAGGGAAUGUGACAAAUUCUGGAAGGUGAGGCCUUUUCUGGACCGGAUCCUGGAAGGCUGCAAGUCUCAGGCAAGGCCCGAGUGCGUCGCUAUUGCCGAGCAGAUGAUUCCGUUUACGGGAGCCUGCCCGUGUCGACAGUAUCUGCCACUGAAUCCCAAUCCAGUUGGCAUGAAGAACUUUGUUUGUGCUUCGCCGGAAGGGAUCGUGCUUGACUUUGAACUGUAUCAGGGUGCAGAUGCACUGACUGCACAGGUCCAGGAACCAGGGCGACUGGGUUUGGGAGGCUUGGUCGUCGAUCGUCUGUCGGAAACUCUCUGUCCUGGUACAAAAGUGUACUGCAAUCGGUUCUUUACAUCCAUUGAGGCUGUGAAUCGAAUGAUGGAGAAGCAAGUGUACCUGACUGGUACAGUUAGGAAGAACCGAGUUUUGGAAGCAGCGCGGAAGCUACCGAGCGACAAAACUAUGAAAAAGGAAGGGAGAGGUUCCUCGGCGCAGGUUACCACUGAAGAUGGGAAAAUUUGUGUUGUGAAGUGGUAUGACGACAAACCGGUGCUGAUGCUAUCAGUUGCUCAUGAUGCGCAGCCGGAAGACACCUGCCAGCGAUGGGACAAGAGACAGAGACAAUAUGUGACAAUCAGGCGACCGAGUGUUGUUCGCGAAUACGAAAAUAACAUGGGUGGGAUUGACAUCGUAGACAGGACGAUUAGUUACUACAGAAUGACUGACCGUACCAAGAAGUGGACGCUUCGGAUGCUCAUGCACUUCACAGACAUUGCUUUAGCCAACAGCUGGCUACUGUACCGCCAAGACCACACCAUGCGCAGCACGCCAAAAAAGUGCAUCAUGCAGUUUCUCGAAUUUCGAAUGGAAGUGGCCAAGACAUUCUUGGCCCAGCAUAACCAUGUACAGGAAGACAUUAUACACUUCUCAGAACAGGGAUACAACACAGAGCAUUUGGAGCCGGAGAAAAAGCGUUUUGUGAAGGAAUUGCCUCACAUCUCAGUCCGCAGGAGGGCUAACGCACAUCUCCCCGAGGUGGUCAACCUGAAGAAUGCAGCGCGAUGCAGAGCGGCAGGCUGCUCCGGAAAAACUAGAGUUCGGUGUGCAACGUGCAAGGUGUUCCUGUGCUUGCAAGCUGCACGCAACUGUUACACGGUGUUUCACAGCGGUUAGGUGUGAACAGCAGACGAAAAAGGACAAUUUUAGUUUGGAGUAGCUGUAGUUUCUUGUAAAUUUUGUCUCAUGUUGAAACCGUUACAUAUGCAACAGUGAAAAUGACAAAUGUUCAGGACAGAAAUAAAAGAAAUUUGCACUUCAAA